UGGCCCAGCCCCCAAGAGGUGGGCCUCUGAAGGGCAGGAUGAGGCAGCCAGGAGGGUUUGUUUAAAGGGAAAGAAGAAGAAGCGACCGGACUCUCCGGUCCCCACACUUCCUCUCGACCUGCCGUGGCUGCCACGGCAGCUGCCUGAACACAGCUCUCAAAGACCAUGAGGGACAACAGAGGAGCCACGGAACACCUCCUCAGGUUGGGGUGGAAGUUCUGGCGCUUGGGAAUCGGCAAGGCACUUGUCCCGCUGCAGAGGGCCUGGAAAGCCUUCUCCCAGCCUGUCCCAGCCAGCUGCGGUGACCUGCUGAUUCAGCUGCUCCUGUGUGUUUCCCUGGCUAGUGUCACCGCAGGCCUGGUUCAUCACUGGCUGAUCUCUUCGCAGCUUUAUCCUCGGGGACCCCCUGCCCUGGUGACCACUGUCUGUGGUCUCCUGGUCUUCCUGAGCCUGGGCCUGGUGCCCCCCAUACGCUGCCUAUUUGCGCUCAGUGUGCCUACCCUGGGCUCCGAGCAGGGCCGCCGGCUACUCCUGUCCUACAGUGUGGCCAACCUGGCUGUUGCUGUGGUGCCAAAUGUCUUAGCCAACGUGGGUGCCGCUGGGCGAGUGCUGAGCUGUGUUACUAAGGGCUCGUUGGAGAGUCUGCUUAACACCACUUAUCAGCUGCGCCUGGCAUCCCAGGCACUGGGCACAGUCGGCCAUGCUGGCGGCCGGAGCCUGGCGUUUGAGGCACAGGGCAACGGUUCGGUCUUCCGCCUUCACAUGCGCACGGUCACUCAGCAGAUCCUGGAGGACUUCUCUGGCCUGGAGUUCCUGGCUCAGGCAGCCCUGGGGGUUCAGCGGGUAGUCACCGGGCUGUUGAUGCUGGGCCUCCUGGGCGAGUCUGCCUGGUACCUUCACCGCUACCUCACUGAUCUGCGCUUCGACAAUAUCUAUGCCACUCGGCAGCUGGUUCAGCAGCUGGCCCAGGCUGGUGCCACACAUCUGCUGGCCUCUCCACCUCCCUGGCUGCUCCAAGCGGCCCAGCCAAAGCUGUCGCGUGAGGAGGUGCUGAGCUGCCUCCUCAGGCUGGGACUACUGGCACUGCUCCUAGCAGCUACGGCUGUGACAGUGGCCACAGACUAUGGGGCCUUCCUCCUGGCGCAGGCAGCUGUGGCCUGGGCUCAGAAGCUGCCCACUGUCCCCAUCACACUCACAGUGAAGUAUGACGCCUCCUAUAAACUCCUAGACUUCAUCCACUUCGUCCUCAACCAGCCUCCGGUGGAGAGCGUGUUUGCCUCGGCACAGCGCUCCUUCCAGUGGGAGCUGUACUCCUUGCCCCACGACUGCCACCUGCCUCGGGCUCAGCCGCCCCGCGUCACGGUCGCGCUGGCCGCGGGCGCCCUGCAGCUGCUGGCGGGUGCCACCUUAGUGCUGCAGGCCUACGCUUGGCGCCUGCGGCAUGCCAUCGCAGCCUCCUUCUUCCCGGCCCAGGAAGCCAGGAGGGUUAGCCACUUGAAGGACCGGCUCCAGAGGAGACACGACCGGAGUGACCGCCUGGACAGACAGGCCUGCACCAUGGGCACCUGGGAACCCAGGGAAGCCGUGAGGGGACGAGAGCUCCGGAGUCACAGGGACCUCAGUCGCUUGGCCCCUCUUUGGCCUCCGUGGACCUUGGGUAGGUCACUGCAAGUCUCGGAGCCUCGCUUUCCGUAUCUACAUGAUGAACGUGCAUGGCAACCUUGAUCUGCUUUUCACGUGGGAUGUGCUGAAAUCAUGGCGAGCGGAAGGCAUGGAAGAGUAGGGAAGGCGCCUGCGCAGUCAAGAGGCUGGGAAGCCUGGGAGGACCAGGACAGCUCAGUUCCUUCCCGCUAGAUGGAGAAAUGACCUGGUAACAUCCACAUGGAGAUUCUGCCUGUGGGUUUACCUCAGCACUCCUCUGACUUAGAAGUCUCUGAAUCCUCAGAAUUUACAGUAAUCGAAAAGUUUGAGUUUAUAAAUGAGUAUAUUUAUUAAGUAUAAGAGUAAAUACUUUUGCUAUUUCCUGUUCCUUUGGGGCCUUUCUGUCUAGACUUACCAAGUUUAGUAAAUAAAACCACAAGAUGCUCUGUGGUGAUAUGUAGUGUACCCUAGUAAAAUAUGCCUGCAGAUCAGAGAACACAACAAGCCACUAGAUUAAACAUAGAUGCCAGGCAGUGGUGCUGUGGGAUGUUCUGUAUGGCAAAUGUGUUGCUCUGAUUGUUCAAUACUUAAAACACUGAUUGGCCCAUGGCUAG